AUGGAGAGACGAGGCGAAGAAUCCAACGGUGGUGGACCAAAUCCAACGGUGAUAACCGGGUGCUCACGUAUCCCCCUAAUCACCAAAUCCACUCUCUUGCAUAAAGACCCACCAAUUCCUGAGAAUUUAUCCCAAGAGGGAAAAGAUUUUCUGCAAUUGUGUUUCAAGAGGAAUCCUGCGGAGAGGCCAACCGCAACCGAGCUGUUGGACCAUCCAUUUAUCCGGAAUUCAAGUCAUUACAGCAAACAUGGUUCCAUACAUGCCUUUGCGGGAAUUAAAGUCCAUGAUAACGGAUACAGCUUCAGAGACAAACCAUCCUCGAGGAGUGAACCAUAUGUGAAAGGAAAGAACACUGUUGGUGAACCAAACAAUGCUAGGCCAUUUGAAUCAUCCACUUUUCGACUGAUGCCACUAACAAUCCAGGAAGUAACACCUAAUUUUCCACCUCAACCAUUAGCUUUAGCCUCCAAUCAUGGUACUUUCGCCAUCUCAACGAACCCCAUGCAUUUUCCGAUGGCAAACCCUCAGCCUAGUCCACUGCCAAGGCCCAAUGGAAAGCAGGUUCUGCUCUAAACACAUAGAGUGCUGGGUGCAGUGAGUAAUGCCGCUUAUAUCUGGGAUCUUGUUCAGGGGUACAGCUCCUUUGGGUAGUAUCAAAUGAAGACAUGAUUAACACAUAAUAGAGAAAGAAUAAGAAGACGAGAGAAGGAAAUGAACCUGGCUCUGCUAGGAUUGUAACUUAUAAGGAUAAGCUGUACUGCAUCUCUGAGGAUCCCUUCUUGCAACAACAGUCAUCAAUAUUUUGCAGCCGCCAUCUUAACUUUUAAGAAUCGAGCAGCGGUUGCACUUGCACCAUAUGAUUUCCCACAGUUUAUUGGGUUCUUGUAAAAUAGCGACAACUAGAUGUUCAUUGAACUGUGAAGACUCAGAGUAUGAUGACAACUGAAUGCUGCUGAAGGAGUGAGAUCCAUGACAGCAUGGGUGCUCUAUCUUCCAGGGAAACAUUGCUGGCAUUUAUCAUGUAACAUAGAAUUAGGUUAGAUGUAGAUAAAGUUGAAAGUUCCUAUUCUCUCUCCAACCAGUAGGGAAUCAGGUGUAGUUCUUGCUGUUGCCAUGUAAUAAUAUUUUUGUUGUGUCAUUGAUUGUUUAUUU